AUGUCUGACUACGUGGAACAAGAAGCGGCGCCGCCCGCGCCGCCCGCAAGCUACCAGGCCAGCGAGGAAUCGCGCCCCAAGAAGGAGCUCUACAUGCACCCUGCCCAGAAUGACGACGAGGUGCCUCCCGCCAAGGCCGCAAAACACGACGAGCUCUCGUACCCCGGCAAGGAUAAUGCCGAGCAGUACAGCUCGAUAGACUUUUUGGGCAACGUCUCUGGCGGGCCGCAUGCUGCCGCUGCCGAGGCGCUGGCCACGUUUUCGUCUUCCGUCGGCGAUACCGCCCAUAAUGCGCAGCUCUAUGUUGAUAUGCCGCAGGAACAGAACGACGCGCCCACCUCCAGCGCCACUGCGAUUCCCCAGGGGCCACCGUUUUUGUGCCCGACUUGCAACACGAGCUACUCGCGCCUCGAGUAUCUGCGCCGCCAUGAGCGCCGCCACGCGGACAUUCGUCCAUUUACCUGUAUCUGCGGCAAGAGCUUCUCGCGCAGCGACGUCUUGGCACGUCACAAGACCAAAUGCCGUGUCGCGCUCGCGGGCGAGUCGGAGAUUCCACAGUCGAAUCAGAGCGCGCGAAAGGCAGGACAGCGUGGAAAUGCGCCUCGCUCGAGCCGUACACGCGGCGCGGCGCGCAAGCAGGAGCGCGGCGAUGUAGACCUCUCUGUCGAUCCCGCGCUAUCGAAUGCAGUCGACCCAUCGCUCGAGCCGCCGCCGCCAUUGGAGGGCGGCAGUACAGAAGCCGAUCAGGUGGCGUAUGCAUACGGUGGUGCGCCGCCCACAUAUGCGCACCACGCCCAGUAUUCAAACGAAGAGUAUGCGCACGGAAAGCCCGGUGUGCACUACCCGCAGGGUGCGGUCCAUGCCAACAUGCAGCACCGCGCACACCCAGGCGACGCAAAGAUGUAUGCUGUGCAGCGUGGCGGCGCAUCUCCAUAUGUGAGUGGCCCGGGCGCGAUCCACCCCGAGCUCUCUUCGCGCGCUUACAGCGGCAGCCACACCCCGACGAGCACGCACGGCGCCGCAAGCCCCAAUACAACGAACCGCUCCGCAAGUCCUUACUAUGGCCAGACAGAGAGCGCGGCGCAUGCUGCACAACCAGGCGCACAGCCAGGCACACAAGCGUCCAGCUCGGGAAACUACCCCUUGAACAAGGAGCCGGCCCGCUAUUCCGUUGCGCCCGGCCCUUUGUCGUCUUUCUCCAACACCGCGCUAAAUGCCAACAUGUCGCCCUACCUGAACACGUUCUCGUGCGCGCGUGAUAUUCCGCACUCGUCGAAUCCGCGCUCGGGCACUGCCAGCGGCGCACCGUCGAGCACGCCGAGCCAGUCGGGAGGGAAUGAGCCGCCGUCGGAACACUAG